AUGGCGAAUGUGUGUGUGUUGGGUGCGGCCGGGGGGAUUGGCCAGUCGCUCUCGCUUCUCCUCGCGCGGGAUCUUCCCUUUGGGAGUACGCUAUCGCUCUACGACGUGGCGGGGGUCCCCGGCGUCGCCGCGGAUCUCUCCCACAUCGACAAUCCCGCCAUCACCGUGAAGUCCGCGAUGGGGACGGCCGGGGUCCGGCGGGACCCGGCCCUCGCGGCGAUGGCGGUCGGGGUGGAUGUCUUCGUCAUCCUGGCGGGGGUGCCUCGCAAGCCGGGGAUGUCUCGGGAGGAUUUGUUCCCGCUCAACGCGGCGAUCGUCUCGGAUGUCGUGCAAACCUGCGCGAGGGCCAGCCCCCGCGCCGUCUUCUGCCUCGUGACGAACCCCGUGAACCGGCUCGUCCCGAUUGCCGCCCGGGCCUUGCGGGCGAUCGGGCUCUACGACCGGAAUCGCGUCCUGGGGGUGACCGCGCUGGAUGUCCUGCGCGCGACGCGCUUUAUCAACGAGGCCCGCUGGCCUUUGCUCGUCCAGACGGUCCCCGUCGUCGGGGGCCAUAGCCGCGACUCCAUCGUCCCGCUUUUCCACCAACUCCAAGGCCCUUUGCCGGACGACCCGGCGCUGGCGGCGAUUGCCCGCCACGUGCAGGUCGGCGGGGAUGACGUGGUGAGGGCGAAGAACGAUCGGGGGACGGCGACGCUGUCGAUGGCCGAGGCCGGCGCGCGGUUUACGAUGAGCGUCGUGCGGGGGUUGAAGGGGGCGGAGAAGCCGCUCGUGUGCGCGUACGUGGAUACGGCCGGCCAGCACGCGAUGGAGUUUUUUGCGAUUCCCAUGAUUUUGGGCCAAAACGGUAUCGAACGCCGCCUGCCGAUCGGGCCGAUCGCCCCUUCGGAGAAGAAGCUUCUGGAUAAGGCGAUCGCGAUCGUCAAAGAUGACAUCGAGAUCGCCAACCAAUUCGCGCUUUCAAAGCUUUAA